GUGUAGUUACCGCGUAGUUGGCAGGCCUUACUUUUGUUUUUUUUUUCGAAUCGCAAGCACAGACGACGAUUUGUAACGGAACUGAGCUGAGUGGGAACAAAACAAUUUAAUGUACUAAAUUGGUCCCCGUGUCCCCGGGAGAGCUGAGCUGCAAGAAAUUGGGAAAAGCCAAGAAAGUUGUUGUGUGGUGCAAUAGUGAAGUGCAGUUUGACACUGUUUGACUCGCACUGAGUGUGCGAGGUGUUUUUGUGUGUGCGUCAGAAAGAGAGCAAACGUCAAUUUGGAAACCUGAGUGUGUGUGUUAGAGACAUUUGAUUUAGAACGAAUCGAAAAAAUAAAAAAAAAUCUGUUUAAAAAGAAAGUAACAAAAAAUAAGUAGAACCAUGUCAAAUGUGGAAUCUUCGAGUUCCGCGGCCCAGCAGCCCCCCACAUCCACUCUGCCAAUGCUGGGGGACAAUCAGGUGAUGCAGGCCUCCACCUCGGCUAGCUCCACCUCGAACAGCAGCACCAGUAGCAGCAGUGGCAAUGGCGGGGGCGGGGGCGGUGGCAACAACGUAGUGGGAGUGCCACUCGACACUCAGAUCAGCGGUGAGCCGCCGUCCAAGAAACCAUGUCUCGAUGCAGCCUCCUCCAGUUCGGGGGGAGCUCUGUCAAGCGCUGCCGCGGCAUCGGGAACACACGAGAAGCUGGCCUACCGCAUCUCCACAGCCCUCUGCUGUGCCGUUUGCCUGGAUUUGCCCAAAACGGCCAUGUACCAGUGCCAGAUGGGCCACCUGAUGUGCGCCGCUUGCUUCACUCACCUUCUGGCGGAUGGACGCCUACGCGAUCAGAUUGCCACGUGCCCCAAUUGCCGCGUGGAGAUAUCAAAGAGCACUGCAUCACGUAACCUGGCCGUAGAGAAGGCCGCCUCCGAGCUGCCCAGCGAGUGUCAGUUUUGCAACAAAGAAUUCCCAUAUAAAUCUCUCGAACGUCAUGAACAGCACGAGUGCCAGGAGCGUCCCACUAAAUGCAAAUAUCAUCGCAUUGGCUGCCAGUGGCGCGGCCCCUACCACGAGACAACCGAGCACGAACGCAAUUGCUCGCACCCCAAGAAGUCCGGCUACGAGGUGAUGGCUGCCCUCGAAGCCCACGAUCUGAAGAUCAAAGAGGAGAAGAAGAUGUUCAAUACACUGAUCGAUUUGCUCAGCUACGAGAAGAUCAUCUUUAAUGAUCUGCAAAUGAAACCCUAUCGCACUGACGAGUAUGUACACAAGCUGUUCUAUGAGACGGCCCGCUUUUCGGCCUUCAAUCAGCAGUGGGUGGUGAAGGCGCGCAUCAACAAUAGCCAGCGCGAUCCGCACCAGUCGAACGAGCGCACCAUCACCUAUCAGCUGAUCCUGAAGACCAAGACCAGCACGCCCAUGAGCAUACAUUUCUUUGCCCUCAAGGGCCCAUUCUCCGACAUGAAGGUGUCGACACAGAUCUACAAGCACGAGUUUACAGAAACGAACACUGAGAGUGAUUAUUAUGUGCUGCCGCUGCCCGAUGGCAUUGGAGGCAGCGGUUCAAGCGAAUGCAAUCGUAUGCUGGCCAACAAAGGCAUCAAUUUUCGGCUGCUUAUGUUUCUACUGAACAAGUAGAACAGCGACGAUGAAAACGCGCAGAGAGAACCAUAUUCAAAUUAGUCUAAGUUUGUUGUUUCAAAAUUAAUGUGCAAAAGCCUAGAAAUAGUUGAUAUAUAUUUUCUUCUAUUGUAUAUGUGUACACCCCAAAAACCCCAUACUAAUCCCAGCACACAAAAAACGACAUAUAUUUGCAAUCACGUCUAGAAUCACACUGUAACGCGUUAGGUUGUAACCUAAAUUAGUGAAUAACUAAGAUUAGGAUCAAUGUCCAGAAACAGCUUUCGAAAUUUUUGUACAUGAAAAGAGAGGCCACUUUUGGGGAAUAUCUGUUUUUUUUUGUUUUGUUUUGUUUGUGCAGGCGAAGAAUCGAUUGAAUGAUUGGUGUGUUUGUCUAGCGUUUAAUGAUCUCACAGUAAGGAGCCGGCACACCCGCUAAUAAAACAAUAACCAUAACGUAGAUGUAACACUGUAAGAAGAAACGAACAGAAGAAAACACCAACCUAAACAGAUUUACGAGUAUAGAAACCAUUCUUUGAUGUAAUUGUAGCUCUAGACAUAGUUCUGUUCUCCAUUAGAGGUGGAACACCCAGACUACACUACACUACACUACAAAACACAACACACAUUCAAUCUUUUCGAAUUAAAAUUGCGUUAUGUUGACCGUCUACGUUUAAAAAU